CUCCUCAGUGCUUCCAGGUUUUCCGUGGUGGUCUAGCUUCAACUGACUCAUGAUUGAAAUCACUACAAUCUCCACAAAACCCCUUCUGAUAAUUAUCUAAUGUUUGUUAACUUCGUGAGUUCUAAUCACUUUGAAUGUUCUGGAACUUUCCCUCUCAAACUUUAUUUAUCCGAAACAAAAAAUUUUAUAACCUUAUUAGCAUGUAUAAGUAUGUCAAUAUCUUUAAUAACGUUGAUUUUCAAAUGUUUUAGGUUGUAAGCAGCUGACAAGAACCUAACGAAAUAAAAUGAAUUCAUAUUAUUAUGCACCAAUCUUCGUUCUUGCUCUCUCUAAGAUAAUAAAAGAAACUAUGUGUAUGAAAUCACUAAAGAUAGUUGAUGUAAAAUGAUUACAGACAAAUAUCCUUUACGUUUUUUUGCCGUUUCAUUCUUCGUCUGCGCAUGUCUAUACAAUUCCGCAUUUUAUCCACAUGGUUGGGUUAUAAUCAUUACCUCAACCAUUCAGACAAUAUUUCUCCAAUUAUGCAUCACAUUUACGUGAUUUAUUCUAUUACAUUGAUUACAACUCGAUAUCUUAUAACAGUUUGCUUUUACAUUUUAAAUUUACAAAGGACAUGAACCAGAUAUAUUUACACCUAAACCGAUACGAAAAUCCACAUUUUUAACAUUGUUUAAUUUAUUAAUUCAUAUUUGCUUGAUUUUACCCACUGUAACACAAAGAUUAUAGGUGUAUAAAGCUGUAGAACGUGAUGACAAAAUUUCUGUAAACUGUUCGCUCAAAAAUUUCUUGUUUUUAAACAGUGUAUAGGGAUCUUGAAACUGUUAAUUUGUGAUAAGUGCUUGGCUAUUGAUCACCUAUCAAAAGAGUACUUUUUAUCUUGAUAACCUGUUUUAAAACACAAGUUUCUUUUACGGAAUGUUUUUUUUAAGAUCUGGCAACCAUAUAAUCUUUUAAUCUGUGAUGCAUUAAUCUUUCGUUUAUUUCCUUUCAGAUCAUAACAGUUAGAUGAGACUUGAUAUUGAAUUUUCCGGUGGGGCUGAACUUUUAUUCAACAAGCAAAAAGAAUAUCAAGUUGAUCUACCACCCACAGUGAUUCGACUAGGUGAUUUGCUUGUUUGGUUGGAGAAAAAUCUUUUACGAGAACGUCCUGAACUUUUCUUACAAGGGAAAAGCGUUCGACCUGGGAUUCUCAUUUUAAUCAAUGAUGUAGAUUACAGUUUAUUGGGUGAGAAUGAUUAUAUUUUGAAGGAAAUGGAUAAAGUUAUAUUUAUAUCUUCAUUGCACGGUGGUUGA